GAACGCAAAACCUCGCUGAGAAUCUGAGAGAGAAACAAAUGGGAUUGAGAAAGCACGGUGCUCUUCAACUUGGUGUUCUCCACAAUUACAACCUCGCCGUCAAUCCCAAUAUCUCUGUCUCUCAUUCCCUUCCCUUCUCCUCCGAAUGCCAACCCCAAUCGAACGCACUCUUCGACCGCGAUGACCCCCAAGACCAGUCAAAGCUUCAGAAAAUUGAAAAGUUUCAUUCUUUUCUAGAAAAGGGUAGCACCAUCACCGCCAAGAGGUUCCUUAAAUCCCUUGUUCUCUCCAAAACCCCAUUCUCUUCUCCUUCCGAACUCCACACCUUCGUAUCAAAACCCCUCUUCUCGAACACCCUGUUAUGGACCUGCUCAAUUCCCAAAUUGGUCGACCAAGCCACCGAGUUGUACUAUUCAAUGAGAAAAGAUGGUUAUGCCCCUUCCAUCCGCUGCGUCAACCGUCUCCUUCAUGCUUUGCUUGUUUCCAAGCAGUUCGAAGAGGCCCUGAGUUUGUUCUCGGACUUUGCUGGGUCUGGUAUGGGACCCAGUGCAGAGUCGUACAAGAACGCUGUUUAUGCAGCGGCCAUGUUGAAGGAUCUGAGGAAGUGUUUUGAGUUGAUGGCUUCCAUGGAGAAGCAAGGGGUGACCCCUUCUGUUUUUGUGUAUAAUUUGAUCAUUGGGAUGCUUUGCAAAGUGAGAAAGGUGUGGGAUGCUCGCAAAGUGUUUGAUGAAAUGGGUGAGAGAAAUCUGGUUCCGAAUACUGUUACUUAUAAUACCUUGAUCGAUGGGUACUGUAAGGUGGGUCAAUUAGAGGAAGCUUUUAGCUUGAGGGAGAGGAUGAAGACCCAGAAUGCGGACCCUAGCCUUCUCACCUACAAUGCCUUGUUGAGUGGUCUUUGCGGUUCUGGGAGGUUGGAGGAUGCGAGGAAGGUGUUGCUAGAGAUGGAGGCUGCUGGGUUUUUACCUGGUGAGUUUCUGCGUGUUGUAUUUGAUGAUGAUAAUGAUGGUUCUUGGGGUGAGAAAGUGUUUGGCAAAGCAGAGUUGGAAAGGGUCGAUGAGCAUACUUGUUGUAUUUUGUUGAAUGGAUUGUGCAGGGUAGGGAGGGUUGAAAAGGCCAAGGAGAUUUUGGCCAAACUUGUGGAUAAUGGCGUUACUCCCAGCAAAAUAUCAUAUAACAUAUUAGUGAAUGCAUACUGCCAAGAGGGGGACAUAAUGAAAGCUAUACUGACAGCCGAACAAAUGGAAUAUCGAGGGGUGAAGCCUAGUGCUGUCACUUUCAAUACCCUGAUUAACAAGCUCUGUGAAACUAAGGACUUGGACCAGGCAGAGAUAUGGGUGAAGAAAAUGGUAGACAAAGGUGUUUCCCCCACUGUGGAAACUUAUAAUUCUUUGAUUAAUGGUUAUGGACAAAUGCAGCAUUUCGUCAGGUGCUUUGAGAUUCUUGAAGAGAUGGAAAAGAAUGGGAUAAAGCCUAACGUCAUAAGUUACGGUUCUCUAAUAAAUUGUCUAUGCAAAGACCGUAAGAUCCUUGAUGCUGAAAUUCUCCUUGCGGAUAUGGCAGGCCGGGGGGUUUCACCGAAUGCAGAAAUAUACAAUAUGCUUAUUGAAGCCAGUUGCUCCUUGAGUAAAUUUAAAGAUGCCUACAGAUUUUUUCAGGAAAUGCUACGAAUUGGAAUAGAUCCAACUCUUGUGACAUAUAAUACACUGAUAAACGGACUUGGAAGGAAUGGAAGGGUAAGUGAAGCUGACGAUCUGUUUCUCAAAAUGACUAGCAAGGGACAUAUUCCGGAUGUAAUCACAUACAAUUCGAUUAUCUCAGGUUAUGCAAAGUCUGGAAACACCCAGAGAUGCAUUGAAUUGUAUGAGAAGAUGAAGAGAUUAGGCUUAAAACCUACAGUUGGUACCUUUCAUCCUUUGAUCAAUGCAUGCAGGAUGGAAAGUGUGGCAACAGCAGAAAAGAUGUUUCAGGAAAUGUUACAAAUGGGCUUACUUCCAGAUCGAGUCAUAUAUAAUGAAAUGAUGUAUAGUUAUGCUGAAGAUGGCAAUGUUCUGAAGGCAAUGUCUUUGCACCAAGAGAUGGUCAAUCGGGGAGUCAACUGUGACAAGGAAACUUACAACUGCUUGAUCCUGGCAUGCCUCAGAUAUCAAAGAAUUUCAGACGUAAAGCAUCUUGUUGAUGAUAUGAAGGCUAAAGGACUACUCCCAAAAAUUGAUACAUAUAACAUUCUGGUUAAGGGACAUUGUGACCUAAAAGAUUUCAGUGGUGCUUAUUUUUGGUACAGGGAAAUGUUUGACAGGGGCUUCAUUCUAAAUGCUCGCAUCUGCUAUCAGCUGAUAGCUGGUCUUAGAGAGGAGGGGAUGCUGCGCGAGGCUCAAAUUUUAUCCUCAGAAUUAAGUUGUAGAGAACUGAACCACUAGAAAACUGAGAAGGGAAACCUUUGCUGAUGCUCAUUGAAUACGAUUGGAAAAGUGAAUAAACUAAGCUCGAAAGGCCUACAGUGUUUAUAUGUUGUAAAUUACAUUUUGAAAGUGGCUAGUGAAUCAUUUACACAACUUCAUGAUGGAAAUUGGCUGAGAGAUAUUUCUUCCAGAUGCUGAGAGAAGUCGGCUUCUCAAAAUGUAAAUUGAAGGUGGUGGAAAGAGAGUCUGAACUGGUAAACAUUUUUUAGCCAUAACUCAUUGCUGAUAUUUGCGUGGGAAGCAAGCUUACUCAGGUUGGAAAGGGAAGUUAAAUAAUCAUUUUUUAGGUUAGGAUUGGGAAGGAAGUCUUGCUUCCGAUAAUAUCAACUGCAAAGAUAUUUCGUAGAUCACCCAAAUCUGGUCUUUUUCACUAGAUCAUGCAUCUCCUAGCUGGAAGUCAUUUUUGAUGGUGGUUUGUGAUGGCUGAAAUUCUAACUUCAUUUGCAAAAUGGAACAAAAUAUUAAUAAAUGGUCUGCAGAAACAGUGUCACAAAUCACAAUCUUGCCGGAAUAUGACAAAGGAGACUGAAAAGUUUCAGCAAUAAUAAUUCCAAAUUUAUGUUGUGCACCCUCUUGCAUAGUGAUAUCAGAUACAAUUUUGUAGUGCUAUAAAUUUACAACUAUGGGUGAUAAAUUCGAACUCAUCAACAAAUUUAGCACCAAAGUUUCCAGGAAGUCGCCCGAAAAUGACAAGGGUUGGGCUGAGAUUUCAGAACAGAAGAGAGAAUAGUUCCAAGACUUGUAUUUAUUGUGUGACAUGCCCCUUUUGCAUAUUGAGAUGAAUGAAAGCGGAUAGAAUUUCGGUGAUUCUGAUGAUAAAUUUGAAGCGCUUAGUAAAUUUUGCAUAAAAGUUUGGUAUAGCUGACUCGUUUAGAAAGAGAUCUUGUCAAAGUUUGGUUUCAUUCUCAAUUAGGGUGUGUUAAAAUCGACCCACAUAGAUCAAAAGUUAUCUGAUGAUUCAAUUUUGAAUAAAGUACCAAUCCGGUUUUUGUCUAUUUGCAUGACUAUCAAUGCAAUCCUUGACCAAAAAAAAAAAUGAUUCACUUCGACCCUUGACUCUGUGCUCCGUCUGUCAACGUGGUUUUUUUGUCACUUUUGCUGUUAAGGAGUAACAAAACAUGUUGAUGUGUCUUAUUAAGUUGCUGAGGUGGAGGGUUAAGAUGGUGAGAUAGAUGUUAGAUACCUACGUGGCUUGUUAGAAAAAACAGGAGUUUAUCUGUCCUGUUCCAUAUGAGCACAAACGACGUCGUUUUGAUAUCCCUAGAAGACGUUAUUAGAUGAUUUUGGUCGUCUCUCUCCCUUUGUUUCAUGUUUGGAACCCCAAAACUCCAUAAGCAGUAGAAGAGAGCAUCAGAAUGGGGAUGAACUUGAAGAGAGCAUCAGAAUGGGAAUGAACUUGAAGAAUCUUGAUGCAGUCCCAAAAAUUGUAACUCCACUUUUACC